AUGGACAAAUACAUCGGAUUGUAUCAAUCGCCUACCGCCUGGGAUCCAAGCAAAGAUUACGCGCUCAUGCAGGAUGGUCCAGAGCGCGGAUCGUUCCUUCGGGCCUCGCUUGCACAAGGGGCCCAACCCUACAUCGUGGUCAUCUUGGACGGCGACAACUUGCUCUUCGAUCCGCGUCACAUGAACCAAGGCUACGAUGGAGGCAUGUUUGUCUACAACGAACUUCGUCAACGCAUUGCCAAAAAGCACCAGCUGAUUCCGCAGAAGCUCGAUCUUCGUUUACGUAUAUUCUGCGCGUUAACACCACUGUCAACCGUCCUCAACAGCAGACGCGUGGUUGGUAGGCAGCUGUUCUUCGACUUUUUGCAGGGCCUGACGGACGCCAAUCUGCAGAACUACGUGGUCAACGUCGGACGUGGCGAUCAAGCAGCCGAUCUGCGCGUCAAAGCGGCUCUAGCCGAUGCACUCAAGGACCAGCGCUGCUUCCGUGCCUACCUGGGCGGCUUGGACGAUUUCGGAUACAAAGAGGAGCUCAAUGCGAUCCAGGAAUUGGGCCUGCUUGACAGCAAGGUCCAUCUGGUCCGAGUGCCUGGUUACGCCGUCGAAUCAAAUGCAUACAGACAAUACGUGCAUCGCGCAAUCGAUCUGGAUUACCUCUUCAAGAGCAACCAAGCGGCUCUGCAGGGCAUGGACAAAUACAACCAAGAGGCAUUUGGCGCCACGGACGCCCUGUCAAGGGCGACAGCAUCCGCGAGACCUUGCACGUUUCAUCAUCUGGCCAGAGACGGUUGCACGCUUGGAAAUGCUUGUGAAUUCUCGCACGAGCCCAUCUCAGAAGGCUUGAAGCAGCGUCUCAGGUCGGGUCUCAAGCUGCGAAAAUGUCCUUCCAUCUCUAGGGGUGAAGAAUGCCAAUUUGGCGACGACUGUUUCUUUGCACACUGA